AUGAAUGCCUUCGCAACAAAACACAAUUGCGGUGCUAAAUCUUUGCUCCCCGUGGCACAGACAUCGCGGCGUCACCCACGGCCAGCCACAGCCGGAGCAACAGGAAGCCCAACUGCGCUCCACACACAGGGUUGGAUUGCAGUGCGCACUGUUGUCUGCCUCACCAUGAGCGCCGUGUCACUGACCACGCAGCCACCAGUGAGCGAGGGACCCCAAAGUGAGGCGGGCGGUACAUUGCAUGGACCUAACACUACUCGUUCUUCUGGGAGAAGGCCACCAUUCACGUCCGCAGAGACUCCUCCUGUCAGGUUCAAGAUACAACCACUGCCGUUGCUCUUCUCUUCUCAGCGCAGAUUACUGAUAGCGGUUCUAGAUCUCGAUCUCCAGACCGUGUUGAAAUGCAGCUAG